AUGAUCUCAAAAUGCCCUAAAAUUCUUCAAAAAAUCUCGAUUUUCCGUCAUUAUUCAUCUCUCCCGGAAGUCCGAGUCCGUUUCGCUCCCUCGCCGACAGGUCGAUUGCAUCUUGGAGGCCUUCGAACUGCCCUUUACAAUUACGUUUUUGCCAAAAGCAAAGGUGGAAAGUUUAUUUUGCGAAUAGAAGAUACAGAUCAAGCCCGUUUAAAGGAAGGGGCGGCCGAGGAAUUCGAGGAAUUGCUAAGUUUUUACGGAUUGGAGACGGAUGAAAGUCCGAUCAAAGGAGGCCCGAAGGGUCCGUAUCGACAAUCCGAGAGGCUGGAAUUGUAUCAUGACGCUGUGGAGAGGCUGGUUGAGGAGGGAAAGGCGUAUCGAUGCUUCUGCUCGGAAAAGGUAAAAGGGGCUUUUUUUUGAAUUUGUAAACUUUAAUAAGGUCUUUGAUGAAACUUGAGGAAAUUUUAAAAUAGAUAUAUUUUUCAAUAGCGUUAAAAUGAAGUCUGACCGUUUCCUGCAAUCAAAAUUGCAAUAUAAAACUGAAAAUUUGAUCAAUUUCCAUGUUUUAGUCUACUAUAAUAUAAUAGGUCAAUGCUCGAAAGUCGAAGCUCGGAUGUUCUUUUAACUUGGCAAAAAUACGUAAAAAGGGCUAUAAAGCAAUCGUUAAAAAUUUGAGCUUGCGCUUUGCAAUAAGCGGCGAGAUUUUAAACAAUCUUUGCGCAUGAAAGACCAUAAGAAAUUACAGUGACGGACCUGAUUCAGUGGCAAAAAACGUGUCAUUUUGCAGCCAGGAAGUAUCAAAAAAUGUAGCGAAAUACCUUGAGCUAACUUUCAGAUGGCGGAUUGCCCCGGGAAGCAUCAAAAAUGUAGCAAAAUGCCUCCCUCUCCAAGUGAAAAAAUCCAAUUUCAAAAGCCUCUUUUUGUGAGGGCCCUUCAAAACAAAGUUUUUUCACUUGGAGGGGGAGACAUUUUGCCACAUUUUUGAUACUUCCCGGAUGCAAAAUGGUACGUUUUUUGCCACUGGAUCAGGCCCGUCACUGUAAUUUCCUAUGGUCUUUCAUCUACAAAGAUCAUUAAAAAUCUCGCCGUUUCUUGCAAAGCGCUGGUUCAAAUUUUUAACGGUUGCUUUGUAGCCCAUUUUACGUAUUUUUGCCAAGUUUAAAGAACAUCCGAGUUUCGACUUUCGAGCACUGACCUUUUAUAUUAUAGUAGACUAAAACAUGGAAAUUGAUCAAAUUUUUUAUUUUAUAUUUUAAUUUUGAUAUUUUUAUAUUAUUGAUGACAUUUUCAGAGGCUAGAGAUUGUCCGGAAGAACGCGCUGUCAAAUCGGACGAUCCCAAGAUACGAUAAUCAUUGCCGGCAGAUCAGCAAAGAGGAGUCGAAAUCCCGAAAAGAUGAGCCUCAUGUGGUCAGAUUUAAAUUUGACAAGGACAAAGUGGACUUUACAGUAAGUUUGGAACACAUUCUGCUGGUAUCUGGAUUUUUCACUGUGCAAAAAUGGGAUUUUCCUGAUUUUGACCCUAAAUUAAUACUAUUUUUUUAAAUUUUUUUCUUACUUUCAAUCUUUCAGGACAUUGCAUAUGGCCAAAUAAACGCCCUGGCCGACGAAGGCGACUUUAUCGUCCUGAAAUCGGACAAAUUUCCGACUUAUCAUCUGGCCAAUAUCGUAGAUGAUCAUCUGAUGGGAAUUUCUCAUGUAAUCCGAGGACAAGAGUGGCUGCCGAGUGUCCCUAAACACGUCAAACUCUAUGAGUAAGGUCUUUUUGGUUCACGUUAAUCGAAUUUUUGCAAGAUUAAGCGGUGGAGAAAUGUUAUACGGUGGAACAGUUUUGUCGUAUAAGAUGUCUCCAGGGGCGAAAUUGAGUAAAAUUUUUAUUUAUAGACGAAUACGAUGACAUUCUUAGUUGCUGAGAUAAUUAAAGUAAUCAGUUUUGAGUUCAGGGGACAUGCUAUACGAUGAAACAUGUUUCAUCGUAUAAAAUGUCUCCAACGGGUAAUUGAUUAACGGCUUUAGGGUUUUUACGGGUUGAAAAGAUUUUUGAAAGAUUAUAACUAUUUUAAAUUUGAAAUCUUCCGUUCUGACGACAUUUUAUACGCCGAAACCUGCUUAAUGAACAUAACUUUAGAGCAUUUGAUUGGCCAACCCCUUCUUGGCUCCAUUUACCUUUGAUUAUGAAGAAUGCGAGGAAGAAGCUGUCCAAACGAGAUGAAGAUGGAUAUGCGGAUUACUAUCACUCUCAGAAGGGUUAUUUGAGGUCCGCCGUUUUGAAUUUAUUGAUCCGAAAUGGCGCCGGAAUCCGAGAUUUUGACUUUAAAAGGUUUUACGAACUCGAAGAUAUUGUUGAAAAUUUUGAUGAGAAUCUUCUGGGAACGAGGAAUUUACAGGUACGCAGUUUUUAUUUCCGAGGAAGAGACUUGACUCAAUUUUUUUGGGUGCGCGAAGUUUUUCCCUCAGUGAAAAUAGGUAGUUUUGAAAUGUAGGGUAUGAUUUAUGGUGUAAGUAUCGGUGUCUGACCAGGGGUGGUCAGCAGACCCUAUUUUUCCGAUUUUCGGCCCGCGGCCCGGCCCGUCUAAUUGACCGGCCCGGCCCGGCCCGUCUAGUCUUUUUCCAGGCCCGGCCCGGCCCGUGCAGGCCCGUCUAUAGAGGGUUCUGCGAACUGCGCCCAGGCUCGGGAUCUAAACUGAGGCAAAAAAGGCGUUGAUCUAGCUAGUAAAGGAUCAAUGUGAUAGUUUUGUGGUUCUAUAAUGGAACUAGAGACUUGUAAACGUUUUAGAACUUGAGAAACAGCAACUAUAACAACAUCAAUUAAUUUUCCCGGCGCGAAAACAAUGAAUGCCAAUGGUUUGGCAUUGUAUUUUAGACGGGCCGGGCCGGGCCGGAAAAAACCCCAGGCCCGCGGCCCGGCCCGGCCCGGCCCGUGACGGGCCCGGCCCGUUUGUCAAUUUCCAUUUUUGAGGCCGGCCGGCCCGUUUGGGCCGGGCCGGCCCGGCCCGCCGACCACCCCUGUGUCUGACGCCUUUUUUGGCGUGGGGAAGAGUUGACUCAAAAAUUUCCGAAAUGGGUCAUGUCUUCCCCUCAUUAAAAAUAGCUGGUUUUUAAUGUUAGAAUACGAUUUUCAGCUGGAUGACGACGUUUUGGAACGUUAUGGCCGUCUUUCGGUGCAACAUGCUUACAAAAAAGGCACUUUAAAAUCGGAAAUUCGGAAUUUUUUCAAAAUGAAAAACGUCAAAGUGGACCCGGAAAUGCUCUCCGAUGAAAAGCUGGAUAAGUCAUUGGACUUUUUGAUGCAUAAUGAAGAAGCCUUCUCUCAUAUGGCACAACUUGUCAGGGCAGAUGAGAACAAGGAAAAGGAUAAGUAAGUCCGAUUUUUGAGAUGUUUUGAUGAAAAUUGAAUUUUUUGGGGGAAAUUUUGAAAAAAAAUAAAAUUUUUUGACCUAAAAUACGAUUUUUUGCUUAUCAAAGAAAAAAAUUUUUCCGAUUUUCUUCUAAAAAAUGGUCAAAAAUUAUUUUUCCACCUAUUUUACAUUUGUAUUUCAGGUUCUCCUUCCUUUUCACACGUCCUCAGACCGCAGUUGAACUGCCCACGGGCGUUAAAUCCAAAGAAAUGGCCGUGAAAUUCAUAAAAUUAUUUUUGGACCACAUUGAAAGCGAGAAUGGUUACAAUUACGAGAAGAUCAAAGUACUCUGCAAGGAGAAUGAAGUGCCGGUCAAGAAGUUACUACUGCUGAUUAGGAUUUCCAUCAUUGAGAACCCAAAUGGCCCGCCUAUUUCAGAAUUAUUCCAAUUUUUCGGUCAAAAUGAGGUGAGAAAUCGCCUGGAACAGCAAAUUAAAUGGCUGGAGGAGAAGGAAAUUAGUGAAGAAGGGUAG